AUGAACAAAGGGAUGAGUGCAUUGCGAUCACAAACGAACCAGCCCCAUAUCAAUCUCUGUGAGGGCUCUGACAAAGGCGAUAACGCUGAAAGAUCAGCACCGAUCUUGUCUGCAAGCAGUUCAGGCAAAUCAAUCAAAGCUACUAUGAACACUCAUUCAUUCUCGGACCAAGGCGAUAUGAAGUUUGAUGCUUCUGCAUCUGAGCCAUUAUGCAAGAUUGGUUGGAUUAGUAAUUACGUUGAUUGGCAUAUAGUCGAGUCAAAACGACGUGAAGCACGGUGCAUUUGCGAUCGUAUGGGAACUUCUGCAAGUGCUCAUAAAACGGCCGUGAGAAGCAUAAGUAUCGAUCAGGACGGCUGGAAUAGGCCAUGUUCGGGAAGUCGAGGAAGCAGUGCCGCUUCGCGUAGGAGUCUUCCAGUUUUGCUGAAUUUUGUUGGAAAUAAAUCAUCCCGUGACGAAAGAAUGACCAAAGGGGAGCGGAUAAGAUUAGUUGAUCGAGCGAUGAGAGCUGAGUCUGCUGCUGCCGAAUGUGAAAGCAAAAUGAAGGGUAUGGAGAGGGAGAUCCGAACUUUGGAACUACGAAAUCACGACCUGUCGACCGAAGUCUGCUGGUUGCGCCAGCAGUGUACUAUUUCUUGUCCCGACGUGCCUAAUGGUUCUAUGGCUUCCUUCGUACCACCAAGUUGUUCCGAACAGUGCCAAGUAGAGAAGAGAUUGCUGCACGACACAGUUGCUAAACAGAAUGCCGAUCUGAACAAAAUGCGCUUGGAAGUGGAGCGAUUUACGGCUUUGGAUAUACGAAAAGACAUUCGAAUUUCGGAACUCAUCAAGGAGCUUGAUGCUGCAAAAGCUAGGAUUGCUGGUCUCGAAGGCGAAGACCAAAUUGGAGCUGCUGCGUUAUCGCCGGUUAAGCCUUCCGCAAAAGGUGACAUGAGGGAAGUGGAGAAGGACGGGAAGGCUGUAGAAGGGAAACGUGAAGAAGCAGUAUGUGAUGACAUUUCUGAAGAGAUUCCCGAAGAAGUAGAGGAUGGAAAUACCGUAAGAGGACCUGCAAAGAACAGCAAUCUUCGAAUUCAAACCUCAAGGCCCCGACCUUCCUUCCGUAAUAUUUUCACGAUGGGCAAAGAACAACGAAUUGAUGGAAAAAGUCUAGCUUAUGUUCGUCCAAAUACUGCAGUUGAACAAUCGUCUUCGGAAUUUUUACCGCCACCGUUGGAACGCGUUGAUACAGUGCCUGUUUUGAGAUCAAUAGAAAUAAUGCCUGGUAUACCGAGUGAAAACAAAAAUCCGAAUGAGAUACAUAGAGAUGUCGAUGGCGACCCUUACUUCUAUGAAAAGGAUAUUGUCGAGGAUUCUGGUGCUGACUCGGAUAUUGAUGUGACAGAUAUUUUGGGGAGUUCGAAUAAAUCAAUGGCAAUGUGCUCUGUUUUCAGUCUCAACGAUCGUUGUCCAGCAAGAGCCGCGACUCCGGAUACUGCCGAGGAGAUUCGAUUUCCACAAAAUAUGUAA